AUGACCCCGGGCAUCCAACCCACCCUGGUCCUUGUAUUGUUCCUGGUACCUACAGCUGUCAGCAACAGCACCCUUGGCACAACUACCCACCCUGACCGUGAGGCAGCUACAACAACAGCUCCAGAGACAAACAGCAGCAACAGAGAUACAGAAAGUGACAGGAUAACAACCAUUGCCCUCAGUGCCACAGCUUCAUCUAGCACACACAGACCCACAAGUGUUGUUGAUGAAACAGAAGUCAAUGACCAUCACAGUACCAUGACCAUAGCUCAAACAUACAACAGCAUAUCUACCACAUCCACACCCAGUGACCAUCACACCUCCACUACAUUCCUUAGUUACCACAGCCCAACAUCUGCACCCACUGACCAUCACACCUCCACCAUACCCCUUAGUUACCACAGCCCAACAUCUGCACCCACUGACCAUCACACCUCCACCAUACCCCUUAGUCACUCCAGCACCACAUCUACACCUACUGACCAUUACACCUCCACUACACCGCUUAGUUACCACAGCCCAACAUCUGCACCCACUGACCAUCACACCUCCACUACACCCCUUAGUCGCCAUAGCACCACAUCUGAACCUACUGACCAUCACACCUCCACUACACCCCUUAGUCACCACAGCACCACAUCUGAACCUACUGACCAUCACACCUCCACUACACCCCUUAGUUACCACAGCCCAACAUCUGCACCCACUGACCAUCACACCUCCACUACACCCCUUAGUCACCACAGCACCACAUCUGAACCUACUGACCAUCACACCUCCACUACACCCCUUAGUCACCACAGCACCACAUCUGCAUCCACUGACCAUCACACCUCCACUACACCCACUAGUCACCAUAGCACCAUAGCUACAAAAAGCACUCCAAACACUAUAGCAGCAACUGGUAACCCCACGAAUAUUUCUUCAACCCUUUACCAAAAAGCCACCCCAACCCCCAACAAUAACCAUAGCUCCAUAUCACAACCUGUUACUAUCAGCCAAAGCACCUCUCACCUCCCAGUUGUCAUUUAUGAGAGAGCCGUGUUUUUCCUCUCAUUCCGCAUCCUCUACAAGGAGUUUAACUCUUCCCUGGAAAAUCCCAGCUCUUCCUACUAUCAAAACUUGAAGAAUUCUGUUAAUGAUCUGUUGUGGCAGACCUACAAAAAUGAGGCAUUAGUGACCUUUUACCUGCUCCAAUUCAGAAUGGGCUCUGUGAUUACAGACUGUAUCUUGGUCUUUCAAGAGGACAGCAUCACAACCAGUGAAGUACAGACUCUAUUUGUUGAAAAUGUGAAGAACAGUAACUUAUACAACCUGACUAUUUCAGCAUCAGAUAUAACUGUCCGUCAGUGGAAUUCUGAAGUCUCAUCUACUGAUUCUGCUGUGCCUGGCUAUGCCAUUGCUUUGCUCGUGAUAGUCUCCAUCCUGCUCGCUUUGGCAAUUUUCUAUCUUGUUUUCCUGGGGCUAUCUCAGUUCCGCCGGAAACAUUGUGGACAGCUGGACAUCUUCCCAUCCCAGGAUUCUUACCAUCCCAUGAAUGAAUACCCCCCUUAUCAUACCCAUGGAAGAUAUAUGCCCCCAGGCAACACCAAACGCAGCCCCUAUGAAGAGAUCUCUCCAGGAAAUGGUAACAACAGCCUCUCUUACGUGAACCCAGUGGCCACUUCUGCAAACCUGUAGAGGGAUGGUGCCAGCUUUGUGCCGGGGGCCAAGCACUGCUGAGGGCACUUCGCCCAUUUCUUGGCCUCCACCCAUUCCCCUCCUGGAAGGGAAAACAAGGAGCUGGAGAGGGGUGACCCAAGGGUUCCUCCUCUGAAGGCUCCUUAGACACAGCCUCGAGCCUCCCAGCCCCCCAAUCCGUCUCCAGAUAAA